AGGGUGCCAGGCCAGCUGGACCCCUAACUUAGUCUUUCUCCGCGUCUCAAGCUUGGAAGAGGCGAAUGUUGGUCAACCACUAACACCACCAUCGUCGUCUAACAUACUGAGUCUUGUUCGUAAGACGUUCAAGUCUCUAUCGUCGCGCAUUCGAUCCAACCAUGGCAAUGCGCAAGAACCGGGUGAAGCCUACAGCCUACCCGUUCCUACCUUUCCACAUCAUACGAUGCGCACAAUUACUUUCUUCACUUGUAGUAGCGAGCAUCAUGUUUUAUUUCCUUCGUGAAUUAUCGCAUGAUGGGUAUAGAUUACCUUGGACAUUCAUUCUGCUAAUGUCAGUUUCCCUCUUCACCCUCGCUGCGCUCACUUGUACAAUCUUCCUCCAUAUCCGUCACGGGCUAUCUGCAUCCCUCAACCUCACCCUCAACGCCGCCCUCGCACUUCUCUGGACCGUGUCCUUUGCUCUGCUAGCAUGGUGGUGCUCUGGCACAUUGGCACAUGUAUGCGAUGCGCAGAAUUGGGAGUCGGAGGCAGGGAUAAGCGUGUGUAGGAUGUACAAGGCGCUGUUCAGUUUUGCGUUGCUGGGCUUUGUGGCGACAGCGCUGGCGUUGGGGUUGGACAUCAGGGUUAUGAGGAGCGCGAGGAAGAGAGGCGUCUUUCAGCAAUUGGACGUGCUGGAUGGUGGGAAUGGGAAGAGAGACGGUGGAUUGGGAGAGGAGGAUGUCAAUCCAAAUCCAGUCGCGGCACGAGUCCAACGGGCGAGGGGAGGGGAUGGGUAUGCGCUGCCGGAAGAGCAGUUUGAGUAUAACGAUAUUGGAUAUCAAGGCGCAGCAGGGCAGGUUGGGAGAAGUAGAAUAUGAAGAGAGUAAGAAGUUAUGUUAUAAGAAUUAUUGACACGCUAUCUUGA